AUGUCAGACACUGUAAAGGAGAGCAGAAGCGACGAGUCCCGGAGACAGAGGCUUUUUGAUCUUUGUGGAUUCACAGUCGAAAAUCUAAAAGACACAGAUAAGUUAAGCGAGAUGUUUGAGGAACUGAAGAAAUCCCCGGGAAUGGCACAGGAUGUAUGGAGUUGCGAUUCCAUGCCAAUUUUUCUGCUUCAAGAGGUGAUUACACCAUAUACAAUUUUGAACACAAAUAAGUUUGGCGAGGCCGAGUGCCAUAGGUUAUACACGGUUUUGAACAUCCUCCAGAUACUAGUCAGCGAUUCUAAGAUAAAGAAGGUUUUUGUUGAUGCCAGGUUUCCCUACUACAUAUACAGAUAUCUAGUAAUAUCUGAUUCGGAUUCCAAAUACGAAACGCUGCGGAUAUCUGCAUUGGGGGUGAUUGCUUCGUUGCUCCAAAAUGGAGACCAGUAUAUACAUAAGCAACUGAAAACAACAGAGAUUGUUCCCCUCCUUCUCAAAAUAAUCGACCUAGGGUCUGAAGCAUCCCAGCUACUUUCGGCAAAUGUUUUUGGGCUAAUAAUAGGAAGCGAUGAGGGACUCAACUACGCAUGCCAGACUUUCGACAGGUUUUCGGCAAUAAACCUGAUGUUCAACUCGUUGGCAUCCCAAGGAGUUAGUCUUGGAUCUACGAGGCUGAUCAAAGCGGCAUUGAGGAUCUAUAUUCGACUCUGUGCAAAGCCUCAUAUUAGGGCUCUUCUGAGCUCCAAAAAGCCUGACGUAUUGUUUACCGACGAAGCAAGUUCGUUAAUUUCAUCAGAUAGCGAGUGUAAAGAGCUGUUCAAGACGUUUUCCGAGAUGAUAUGCUGA